UCCAGUUGAAAAGAAGGCUUAUAUCCGACUGUCCUAUGGCUGGGAGGAAAAUGUCAGCUACGAAUAAUUUUCUCUCUCUUGGUAUAUUUGUGAUAACCUUAUGGAAUUUCACCCGCUCAGCCGCAGAAAGUGGAUUUAUAGCAAACUACUCAAAGAGUUCUCUGUUUGCUGUUCCCAAUGAUUUAUCAACGCAAACCACAGUUCUGGACCUGUCCGCUAACAGUAUAUAUAAAUUGGAAAUCUCUCAUUUCCGUUCCCUUCCCAGCUUGCGAGUGCUAAUUCUGUCUCACAAUUCUAUCAGAGAAUUGGAUUUUGGGGUUUUUCGGCACAACAAUGUCUUAGAGCACCUUGACGUAUCUCACAACGCACUAAGGGAUGUUUCCGGUUUUCCUGUUAAAAGUCUCAAGCAUCUAGAUCUCGCUUACAAUGACUUUGCCGCCAUCCCAUUCUUCCCCAAAACGACAAAGCUGAAGUAUUUUGGAAUUAGCGCAAGAAACCUUUCGAAGGACAACGCUCUUGUGCCUUUACAACUGGACACGCUGUUUCUGGACUUAGAAAAUCUUGAUGAAUACAGGCCAGGAAGUUUUCUAGCGUUCGACGCAAAGACCGUUCGGAUUGUGCUCCCUCGAAACGCAAAGCUUCGCAUCCUCCCGGAUCUGCGGCUCAACGGUACAGAAAGUUUAGAACUUUCUAAGAUCCCCUUGGCGCAAGCGGAAGACUUAAGAACAUUUCUGGCGAGGCUGGAUGAAAAAAGCACAUUGGUAAAUCUAACCAUCGUUGAUACGAAAUUCAGUUGGAGAGACCUCGCUGGCACCUUUAAUGGAGUGGGGAAAUCCAGCAUUAAUCAUUUAACCGUUUUAUACCCAACCAUUACUACAUUCGACGCGGGCCCUUUUAAAAAUGCCGCUCCCGCAUUGAAAAGUUUAACCAUCCAAUAUGUACUUCUUGACACGGCAACAUUUGACCAAAGCAUUGCGUACUCAACUUUUGCAAACUUGAACAUUGACAGCUUUACUAUUUCUGAUUCUGGCAUAUUAUAUGUAUAUUGUCCUGAAACACCCAGUAGGUUUAAGUAUUUAAAUUUUAAAAACAACACGUUGACUGACACUAUGUUAAAAGGUUGCAAAAACUUAACUCUGCUGCAAACGCUCAUUUUACAAAAAAAUAGGCUCGAGGACCUUACCAAAGUCAGCUUCAUGACAACGAGCAUGACGUCUCUGAGUUAUAUGGACGUAAGUCAGAAUCAGUUGUACUACAAAGACGGGGAAAGCCAAUGCAACUGGGGGGAACGCAUAACUAAGCUGAACCUGUCAUCCAAUAAGUUAACAGACGCCGUCUUUAGGUGUUUACCGAACAAGAUCCAAAUGUUGGAUUUACACAGUAAUCAGAUUUCAGCCGUGCCGAAAGACAUCGUGGCCCUGACGGCUUUAAAGGAGUUAAAUUUGGCUUCGAACAGACUCGGUGCCUUUCCCGGAUGCGGCCAUUUUGGAAACCUUCAGGUGCUUAACGUCGAAAAUAAUUUCAUCCUCGACCAGUUUUCUGAAUUCUUCCACACCUGUCGGAAUAUUCGAAGGUUAAAAGGGGGACGGAAUCCCUUUGGGUGCCACUGCGAAUUAAGGCAGCUCAUCAAUCUUCAGAAACAAGAAUCGGUGGCCUUAGUUGGCUGGCCUGAGGCUUAUUGGUGUGAAUAUCCCAGCGAUUUAAGGGGGACUCUCUUAAAAGACUUCCGCAUUUCUGAACUUGAGUGCAACGUGGCUCUCUUGAUUACCGUCGUUUUAGCAGUUUCCCUGUUCGUAAUCGCUGUCGUCGCCUUCCUCUGCAUCCGCUUCGACCUUCCUUGGUAUUUCAGGAUGAUGUGUCGUUGGAGCCGGGUGAAACACCGGAUCUGGAAGAAUAAAUCGGAAGAGAUCCCCGAGAGCAUCCAGUACCACGCGUUUGUCUCCUACAGCGAGCAUGACGCCAAUUGGGUCAAAACGGAGCUGAUCCCCAACCUGGAGAAGGAAGAAGGGUCCCUAAGGAUCUGCCAACACGAGAGGAAUUUCAUUCCAGGGAAAAGCAUCGUGGAGAACAUCAUCGACUGCAUUGAGAAAAGUUACAAGUCCAUCUUCGUGCUGUCUCCCAAUUUCGUGCAGAGCGAAUGGUGUCACUACGAGCUGUAUUUCGCUCACCACAAGUUAUUCAGCGAAAACGCCGACGGUUUAAUUCUGAUUUUGUUGGAGUCCAUACCGGCCUACAUCAUCCCUGCCAGGUACUACAAACUCAAAGCUCUCAUGGCCAAGAGGACCUACUUGGAAUGGCCAGAAGACAAAAGGAAGCAUGCAUUUUUCUGGACUAAUCUUAGGGCAGCUCUUCAGGUUAAGUUGGCCAACCCUGAAGAAAUGAAAGAGCUCUAAGGGAAGAAUGCCAACGGUCAAACACUUCGGUGUUCAUCGGUUUUUUAAUUAUAGAAAAAAUAGCUUUGGGUAGCGUAGUUACAAAAACCAAGUUCUCUUUUGGGCUGUGACUUAAAGAGAGGUGAGGAAAGGUAAAGGUUUCCCUCGCACAUACGUGCUAGUCGUUCCCGACUCUAG